GUUUUAGGCAGGUGCCACGCUGUUUCAAGGCUGAGACGGUGUUCAGGCCUAAGAAGAUAGCGUUGGUGCUGUCUCGGACAAAGCUCGGUACCAGCUCUCGUCGGUCGAGGCGUCUGGAGCCUCCUCCAACCUGAGCCACCUGAGCCACCUGAGCCAGUAGCUCCGCAUCUGCAGGCAGAGCAAGCUCGGAAGCUCGGCCAGCGCCAGGUGUAGCUCGGCAGGGCAAGCGCUCGACCUCGGCGGACGAAAGAGAUCGGCGUCCUCUCCACGCCAUCGAGCAGACGCUUGCACGCCGUCCGCGUGCGCCUGCAUGGUCUGCAAGGUCUGCUUCCGGGCGUGGCGGAAGUGUUGCAACAGCAGAGACGCGGAUAAAGCCAAGAACAAGAAGUACCGGCCCCCGCGCCACGUUGCUCCUGAGGAGUCGUCGACGCCCCAGGUCUACACGUCCCAAAAACCCCUCUUCGAGAGUUUUAGGUCCUUUAGCGAGAUCGAGGACCAGGAAAUCAUGGCGCGUCGGCCGAAGCUCCCGACCAAACGCGUCUGCGGUCUGGGCAUCGCCGGUGCUCUAGUAGCUCUGUACGCGAUGCACGUCGAGCGCGCCAUGGCCGAUCCGUUCUACGAGCCCAUGUGCGUGACGCGGUGGGGGAGCUGCGCCGCGGUGUUCAGUUCGGUCUACGCGCAUCCUUUAUCAAACUGGGGCCUCGUAUCAAAGGGGUCGGACCUGGACUUCUCACUGGCGUUUUUGGGGAUCCUGAACUACGGCGUGUUCGCGCUCUUCCCGGUGUGGCCGCUGCAGCGGGCCGCCGCCGCGAAAGUUUUACUCGCGAUCUCCGUCGCGUCGUGCCUCUUCUCCAUCUAUUUGCUCUACGUGCUCAAGGUGCUCCUCGACGACUUCUGCGUCGUGUGCACGACGUUCCACGUCAUCAACUUCUCGACGCUGGUCUUCGGGGCCGUGCCGGCCUACAGGGCUACUACGGCGCCAAAGCCGAAGGGGGAGUAAUCUUUUUGUUACAAUA